GCCUAACGAAUGGUGCAGAGGCAGGGCUAGAAGAGGAGCCUGCGCCGUUUCAGCGCAGACAUGAAGAGCUGAGAGGAGUGGCGGCGCCAGUGCACGGACGACGGCUAGAAGCGCAUGAGAGGAGGAAAGCAGGUCGAGGAGUGAGUGUGGAGGAGGGAAAGCGUGGAAGACGGAGAGAGAGAGACAGAGAGAGAGAGCAUCUGUUGCCUCGCAUCUCCUACGAUUCGAGCCGGACACCCAGAAACCAUGGCAAACAUCACAGCCACCAUACAGCCAAGUGAUUUCCCAGAGGCAGCCCCACUGUCGCACGUCUCCCUGCAGGUCCAAGAAGUCUACCCCUUCCACGACGGCUGGAAUGUGGCGUGUUUCAUCAUCCUGCUGCUUUUCAUCCUGACUGUCUUGUCCCUGGCAGCCCUGGCGGUGCUGUACGAGCUGCUGGACUGUGGCUGCUGUGCCAAGGGGAAAACACACCACCAGCUCCAGGAGGAGGGGCCAGGAAGCUGCAGCAAGCUCAUGACCAGCAUUUGCAAAGAGCCAGAAUCCCACACUGAGGUGGUCUAGGAAGAAAACACUCCUCUGGAUUGCAGCAGUGGCCCUGAUUCCCUGUAAAAAUGAAAGACCUUCUGAAACUGUUCAGUUGCUGAUAAGCAGGAGGAUGCGGAGAGACAAUGUGCAAAGGAAGGGGACAGUGGAUUGGAAUGAGCAACACUCGCUUUUCAUUAUAUUUAUGAGGUUAUUCACAUCCAAAGCACACCCUGGAAGCCAUAUUUUACAGAGAUACUACUCAGAGAAAAAAGAAAAGAGCAGACACAACACUAAUAGUUUAGCUGAUAAAACACAAAUUUGGUGAUAGUAAUGUAAAAGACGGCAGCAGAAUGAGCUGCAUUAAUUGGCUUGUUACUUGUUUUCCUUAAUGGUCAAUAAAGGCUAAUGGCCAAACACACA